AUGCUCCCUGAUCCCAACACGACGAGCGACUGCGUCGACUGGUAUAACGACGAGCUGACCGGCGAGUCUUGCGCAUAUAUCCGCCAGUACUUUGGCAUCUCGCCCGAGCUCUUCCACCAGUGGAACCAUUCUGUCGGGCUCGACUGCGCGCCGUGGUCCUUUGACCAGUCGUACUGCAUCCUGACCCUCGAGCGCUACAACAGCAUCUCGGACCAGAUCGAACAUCCCACAGGCACAGCAACGGCCACCAGCACCACGUCCAGCACCUCCGGGCCCGAGGGCGACGCCGCCCUGACAGUGCCCAAGUGCAAGGACACAUGCUACCGCGCAUCGCGUUACCUCGCGGGCCUGCAGGCGGGCAACCAGUGCUGGUGCAGCAGCACGAAUGUCUACGAGCUCGCUGAUAACCCGGCCGACUGCAAGAUGCCGUGCACCGGGAAUCAGACCGAGUUCUGUGGCGGGAAAGACUCCGCCCUCAUCUUCUAUGGAUAUGACAACUCCAGCCCGCCGCCCGUCUUGUCCUCCUUGCCGUCCUCGCCCUCGUCGCCCACUUCGCCCUCAGCAUCGGCCACGGGCACUAACUCAUCCAUCAAUGCCGCUUGCAGUAGUCUCGAGCCCUCUCACUCAUACUCCGUCGAUGGCGAGUAG